AUAAACUUGAAACUCAAAAAUGUGCACUUAUCUUAAGUCGUCAAUUGAAAAUGGAACAUCUAGAGAUCAUUGUUAAAGAUUGUUUAAAUAUGCCAGAACUAUUUAAACCAUAUGAUGAUGCAUUAGAAAUCCUAAAUAAUGAAAAAAUUGAGAGCGUGAAUAAAGCAAAAGAGCUAUCUCAGCAGAAAGCUGAUACAAUGGAGAAAAUUGCUUGGCAACUUUUACAUAACUCUUACAGUUCAUUCGAAGAAGCAUGUUCAGAUUCUCAUUCAACUAAAAAAAAAUCUGAAGAAAAAAAAGCGGCAGAGGAAAACCAACCGAGCAAAAUAACUCGCGAAGUUGAUGAAACAACUAUUGAAGAAUUACGGGAUGAAUACCCAGAUAUAUAUUCUGAGAUCCAGAAAGCUGUAUAUCGUAUCGAUUAUAUUCCAUGGCAAGAACUCAAAAAGAAGUACAUUUUUGCAAAGCUUUGCAUCUCUUCCGAUCAAAAUCAAUCUGACGGCGACGAAGGAAUCUCAAUAUUAGAUUGUCUUGAUAAAAAUAAAAGUGAAAAGGAUGAAUCAGCAGACAUUACUUACAAUAUAUUGCGGAAAGUAAACGAGAAAGCACAAGAAAGUUCGGAUGAUAUGUUCCUUAAACAACUUCUCGAAGAUAAUGUUAAUGAUACACGUGUCAUAUCAGUCUUUUUCAAUGAAUACGAGAAUUGGAAAAAAUUUACAUUUUCUAAAGUAGCGAAAAGAAUUUCGCAGAAGGUUCUUAACUCUGACUCCGCAAAUAUUGCUUUUAUUGAAAAAGAAUUUCGUCAAAAAGUACACGACAUCAAAAUAGCAAAUUUGGAAACAAUUCGUGUCGAAGCUGAGUCUAAAUAUCCAGAGG